AUGUCCCGUGUCAAGAGAAUUGCCAAAGAAUUAGAAGAAUGUCGUCAAGACACUCAAUCAGGAGUUUCAUUGAGUUUAAAUAAUGAAAAUGAUUUAACACAUUUAACUGGUGUUUUUAAAGGACCUCCAGGUACACCAUAUGAAGGAGGACUUUUUCAAGUUGCUAUAGAUAUUCCACAAGAAUAUCCUUUUAAACCACCACAAAUGAAAUUUAUUACUAAAAUUUAUCAUCCAAAUAUUUCUUCAGUUACUGGAGCUAUUUGUUUAGAUAUUUUAAAAGAUGCUUGGACUCCAAUCUUAACUUUGAAAUCAAGUUUGAUUUCUUUACAAAGUUUAUUACAAUCACCUGAACCUAAUGAUCCACAAGAUGCUGAAGUUGCUAAACAUUAUUUAAGUAAUAAACCAGGAUUUGAAGAAACUGCUGCUUAUUGGACUAAAAUUUAUGCUAAUGAUGGUAGUGCUGAUGGUAAUACUAAAUUAAGUGAUUCAGCCUUAUAUGGUAUUGAUGAUGAAAUUGUUACUCAAUUUGAAAAUAUGGGAUUCCCAAGAGAUAAAACUAUUGAAGUUUUAAGAAGAAUGGGUGUUAAAAGUUUUAAAGGUGUUGGCAAUAAAAGUGAUUUAGAAAACAAGAUCUUAGAAGAGUUAUUACGAGAAUGUCAAUAA